CGAGUUCCGGAAUCGUCACAUGCUUCCAGGGAUUCGUGACUUGUUGCGACGCGGAGCCACAAAACGGACCAGAUGCCGACGGCGGGAAGCAUGAGCCAGCGCGUGAAAGCCCGCGCUCCCCGGGUCCCAUUCGACCCGAAGUCGAAGACGCCCCGCCGGAUGUCGCAGAGCGUGACGGACGUGAUCACGUGCCCCAUCUGCCUGGAGGUUUUCGUGGGUCCCAAGAUGCUCCCGUGCCAGCACACGUUCUGCCUCCUCUGCCUGCAGAAUUACAACACGGGGGCGUCGGCGAGGAGAGGCACGUUCAAGUGCCCGCAGUGCAGGCGGGACGUGGAGGUGCCCGAGUCGGGGAUGAACGGAUUCCCCAACAACAUUUCGGUCCAGUCGUUCAUCGACGCCCUGACGCAGGAGCGGGUGAAUCUCAACUCGCCUGCGAACGACGUCGCGGCGGCUGGCCCUCAUCAGCAGCUGCUCCGAGAGUUGGAAAAGGGGCAUCGAGGCGUUCAGGAUCAGAUCAACCGAUUUCAGACGAAAUGCACGAGCAUCGUGUCGGAGAUCAGCUUGGCUGCUGAGAAGAGGAUCCAGGAGAUUUUCGACGAGAAGAACGCCCUCAUCCAGCAGGUGGAGGCCUCGAAGACCCAGGCCGUCUGUGCCAUGGAGGCAGCGGCGAAGAGGAUUCAGGAGAACAUCCAACGUCUCAACCAGGAGAAGGAGGGGGUGAAUGCAGAAGAAGUGAAGGCUCUUCUGACGGAAUCCGCGACCUCUGCCACCUUCGAGCUGGAUCUCGACGCGAAAUCUUUCACAUUCUCCCUCGGCAAGUCUUCGUCCUUGUCCUUGAAGCACCAGAUCACCACGACCGGGCUUCAUCGUCCCGUCGGUAUCGCCGUGAGUCCCUGGAGCCAAGAAGUGUUCGCCGUCAGCACCGAGACCCUGCGAGUCAUGGUCUUCGACCUCGUCAAGGGCAAACUCGUGAGGUCUUUCGGGUCGAAGGAUAACUUCAUGUAUCCUUCGGGUAUCGCUCUGGACGGCGAGCGGCAGGAGAUCUUCGUCUCUGACAAGUACAAGCACUGCAUUCACGUGCUGUCCAAGGAGGGGAAAUACUUGAGGCAAUUGGGGUUCAAGGGAAACACCGGAGGACACUUCAAUUCGCCAGAGGGAAUCGCCGUCGACAGCCAAGGCCGGGUCUACGUCUGCGAUACCGGGAACGCCCGCGUCCAGAUAUUGGAUCGAACGGGAAUCUACAUGGGAGAUCUAGGAGGUACGAUGAAGAUAGAUCUCUUGACCGGAAAAAAGGUGGUGGAGACUCGAUUCAUGGAACCCACGGAUGUGGCCGUGGGAGCGGACGGAACGGCGGCCGUGGCCGACACCGGAUUCCAUCGCGUCGAGGUCUUCAACGUCAGGGGGGGGCCCAACGAGGCUCGGACGAAGCACAAGGUCACCGUGGAUCAGUUCUUCAGGGCUCACACGGGGGCCCCGCACUGUGUCGUCGUCGAUGCGCACGGGACCAUACUCGUCGGUGACAACGGGAAUCAGUGCAUUCAGAUGCUGAAAUGGGAUGGGUCGUUCCUGCGGACGUUCUCCGAUUCCAAGAUCGCCUGGGUGGCCGGAAUCGCCGUGACGCCCACUUAUGAUAUUGUUUUUACUGAUUUCAAAAAGCACUUUAUAGGAGUUAUCUCCUGAAAUCCCUGUCUUGAAAAAAAAAAAUUCGAUUGACCGAGAACAGACCAACGCCCAUUAUAAAAUAAAAAAAGGUUUUUAUUUCUCAUGCAUAAAAAAAA